AUGGCGAGAGCUGCUUUGGCUAAAGAUCAGUUUGUUAAGCUGAUUGUCGGCGCUGGUCAGGCCAGUCCCAGUCCCCCCGUUGGUCCGGCUCUGGGUAGUAAGGGUGUCAAGUCUAUGGACUUUUGCAAGGAAUACAAUGCUCGCACAUCCCACAUCAACGUCGGUGUCCCCAUUCCGGCGCGCAUCACUGUUCGCCCUGACCGGUCCUUCACCUUCGAGCUCCGCACUCCGACCACCACCUAUUUGCUAUUGAACGCCGCCAAUGUCGAACCCCGAAAGAACCGUUUGCGCGGCGCCAUGAAACCCGGCCAUGAGACUUGUGGCCAGAUUUCACUCAAGCAUGUCUAUGAGAUUGCCAAGAUCAAGCACACCGAGACGCGACUAUCGGGAUUGAGUCUGCAAGGAUUGUGCAAGAGUGUCAUCUCGCAGGCCAAGUCCAUUGGUAUUCAAGUUGUCCCGUAA